CGCCCACUGGAGAACUUUCUCUCUUGCGUUUGUGUUCCUCUGUUGAAAAAUGUUCUCGAGUUCCUCUGGUGGAGCUUUGAGACUCCACCACUCCUCAGCUCCAGACUGUUUUCUUUUCUGUUCCAAUGGCUCUCCGGAACGUUCUUCUUUAUCUCAGUCGUAAAUCCCUGCGCAAUUACACGAGCGCGCGGGUUUUGCUGCAGUCUCGCGCGCUGCACAGCUCCACAGUUCCGGAGGAAAACGCACGAGCCGCCACCGACGGCGAGGUGAAGCACGUGGCUCCGGUAAAGAACCUCCGGGAAAUGCCGGGUCCCGGCAUCAUCGGGAACCUCAUCGAGUUCUUCUACAGAGACGGCUUCAGCCGCAUCCACCAGAUUCAGUUGGAGCACAGUCAGAAAUACGGGAAGAUUUUUAAAUCACGUUUUGGGCCGCAGCUGGUCGUGUCGAUAGCAGACCGAGACUUGGUGGCACAAGUGCUCAGGGCUGAAGGUGUAGCCCCUCAGAGAGCCAACAUGGAGUCGUGGAAAGAGUACAGAGACAUGAGGGGACACGCCACUGGCCUCAUUUCUGCUGAGGCUGAUGAGUGGCUGAAGAUGCGCAGUGUGCUGCGACAGCUCAUCUUGCGUCCACGUGACGUUGCGAUAUUCUCAGACGAUGUUAAUGAAGUGGUGGCAGACCUGGUGGUAAAAGUGUACAAACUGCGCAGACAGCAGCCUGAUGGACUUACAGUCCUCAACAUCAACGACUUGUUCUUCAAAUUUGCUAUGGAAGGUGUGGCGACCAUCUUGUACGAGACCCGUCUGGGCUGCUUGGAAGACGAGAUUCCUAAGAUGAGCCAAGAAUACAUCAAGGCCCUCAAGCUCAUGUUUAGCUCCUUCAAGACCUCCAUGUAUGCCGGCGCCAUCCCCAAAUGGCUGCGACCCAUCAUUCCCAAACCGUGGGAGGAGUUCUGUUGCUCUUGGGAUGGCCUCUUCAAAUUCAGCCAGAUUCACAUUGACAGGAAGCUGGAAGAGAUCAAGCAGAAGGUGGGGAGGGGAGAAGAGGUGAAAGGAGGUCUGCUUACUCACAUGCUGGUCACCAAGGAGAUGAAUCUGGAAGAGAUCUAUGCCAACAUGACUGAAAUGCUCUUGGCUGGUGUGGACACAACGUCUUUCACGUUAUCAUGGAGUACGUACCUCCUGGCCAAGCAUCCCACGGUGCAACAGCAGAUCUAUGAGGAAGUGACAAGUGUACUUGGUGGGCGAGUCCCGACUGCAGAUGAUGUUCCUCAGCUGCCACUCAUCAGGGGUCUCGUCAAGGAGACACUCAGGCUUUAUCCUGUUCUUCCUGGAAAUGGUCGAAUCACUCAGGACGACCUCAUCUUGGGAGGUUAUUUCAUCCCUAAAGGGACUCAGUUGGCUCUUUGUCAUUACUCCACUUCCAUGGAUGAGGAGACUUUUCCCAAAGCGGAAGAGUUCCGUCCCGAUCGCUGGCUCCGUAAAGACACUUUGGAUCGAGUGGACAAUUUUGGCUCCAUUCCCUUUGGCUACGGCAUCAGGAGCUGCAUAGGCAGGAGGAUAGCAGAACUGGAGAUGUACUUGACUCUCACUCAGCUCCUUCAGAAGUUCCGCAUCGAUGUGUCUCCGCUCACAAGCGACGUCCAAGCCAAAACUCACGGCCUGCUGUGUCCUGCAGCUGCCAUUAAUGUCAAAUUUAUCGACCGUGUGUAAACCUCCCAAGUCCUUCCUAACUGUACGUACGUCUCUGAACGUACUGUCUUCAGUAAACCCCUGAGAACUGGAAAACGUGUUGUUAAAUCUGCUUUGAAAACAGACGUUUAUUUUGAAUCUU